AUGAGUAAUGGCGAUGACCUCAAAAUACAGCGAUGGGACAAUGGAUUAGUGCUUAUCCACGAGUUCAUAACCAAAGAUGAAGAAGCCACCAUGAUCGAGGCUUUUCACAGCCAAGACGCACGGCAAAAGAUCAAGAAACGCAUCAGCCAGCACUUUGGGUACCACUUCAACUACACUACCUUUGGCGCAUCCGAGACAAACUUCACUCCCGUCCCGAAGUACAUCCAGGAUCUGCUUCCACGGCUCCCCAUUCAGGAGCACCUCCCGGACCAGUUUACGACGCAGUACUACCCGCCGGGAGCCGGCAUCCCGCCGCACGUGGAUACCCACUCUAUGUUUGAGGAGCCGCUGUAUAGUCUGUCGUUUGGGAGUGCGGUCGCGAUGGCGUUGCGCAAAUGCGACGCUAAUGAUGCUCGUCGCAUGCGGCUUCCGAAGCGGUCCCUGGCUACCGCGGAAGCGCAGGCUCCUGUCGUACCUGCGCCGUCGUCGUCUACUCCCGAGAAGUCCGAGGACAGGAACGCGGAUGAACCGUGGGAGCUACUCCUACCCCGCCGAUCCCUCCUACUCAUGACAGGCGCCGCGAGGUACGGGUACACGCACGGCAUCCGGGCGCGGAAGACCGACCGCAUUGAUGGCCAGGUCGUGCCGAGGCAGGAGAGAUACUCGCUUACGAUGCGCACGGUCAGGAGGGCGGAUGCGAUACGCUGCGAUUGUGAGUUCCCUGGUGUCUGCGAUGCAAGGAUUAGGGAGGAAGAAAAAGAGGCAGAAAAGAAAGAAAAAGAGAAAGAAAAAGAGAGAGGUAUGCUUGAAAAGGGGGCUGAUGGGUGA